AUCAAAGAGCUACAGAUGCGGCUAAAGGAUCCCUUCUCCUUGAAAGCCGCCGACAUGACUAAGCGGACUAACAAGCCGAGGAAGCCUCGUGAUGAGGAGUCGUCGGACGAAGUUAGCGGGCUGACCUGCCAGCAUGUCAGCAAGGCGGUGGACCUCAGCUCAGUCAAGAAGGCGGUGACCUCGAGCAUGUGGUCGAUGUGUUCAGAUUGCCUGAGGGAAAGGACUAUGAUAGAUGGAGAGCCAGCCAGUGGCCACGACAUCCUCGUAUGCCUCAAGUGUGGCUUCCAGGGAUGUAGCCAGCCAGAGAGCCAGCACUCCACCAAGCACCACCAAACCCUCCACCCUGAGUCCCAUUGUAUCACCAUCAGCCUCGGCACCUGGAAGGCAUGGUGUUUUGAAUGUAAUGAAGAGCUCUCCACUCAUUGCAAUAAGAAGGCUUUGGCCCAGACCCUGGAUUUCCUACAAAAGCACUCUGUCAAGGCAGCCUCAGGAACAACAUCGAAAAUGAUGAAGCUUAGAGAGGAGCCCAGCGACUAUGCAGACCAGCCCAGAGGGAAGAGUCUGGUCAACAACAGCACACUGGUCCCGGUCAAAGGCAUCAGCAACCUAGGAAACACCUGCUUCUUUAAUGCAGUUAUGCAGAAUCUGUCCCAGACUCACAUGCUGAACGACCUGAUACAGGAUGUGAAGGAGAAGGGACACAAGCUGAAGAUCUGCCCCCCUGCCGAGUCAAACGUGGGGGCGUUGACGGUGACCCUGCCCAGCCCUGAGCCCCUGACCUCGUCCAUGUUCCUCUUCCUACACAGCAUGAAGGAGUCUGGGAAGGGCCCUGUCAACCCCAAGAUCCUUUUUAACCAGCUCUGCCAGAAGGCUCCACGCUUUAAGGGCUACCAGCAGCAGGACAGCCAGGAACUGCUCCAUUACCUACUGGACUCCAUGAGAGUAGAGGAGACCAAGCUCUACUCACUGACCAUGUCACCUUCAAUCACUGCCCACGGCCCCGCCACCGAGACUGUCAGAGACGGCUGGCGGAUCAAAGCGGGCAUUCUGAAAUCCUUCAACUACCCCACAGAGAAGACUGCAGAUGAUGAGACCAAACGCCAAGUCAAAGCAUACGGGAAGGAGGGUGUGAAGUUGAACUUUGUGGAUCGCAUCUUUGUGGGGGAGUUGACCAACACCAUCAUGUGUGAGGAGUGUGAACAUAUCUCCACAAUAAAGGAAGCCUUCAUUGACAUCUCCCUGCCCAUCAUUGAGGAGCGGAUGUCCAAGCCGUCCAACCCGGGCAGGACUGGGAAGAGCAGUCGGGAGCAAGAAGCUCACGUCUCCCACGGUGACGAGAUGCUUUCGGCAGCGCUCAAUAAGAACAGCAGGAAACUUAGCGGACAGAAGCAGCAGCAGGGCCGGAAGUCCCCUGGCUCUGUGGAAGAGAAGGGGGCAGACAGCCCCUCGGACCACCCCGAGGAGGAGUCCCCCUCCAUAAUGGCCCGUGCCGCUGGAGGUUCCAAAAUGGCCGCCACCAGCAGCCUAUCGGACGGCAGCGAGAAAGACUCUGGCCCUCAGGACAGCAGCAACGAUGCCGACAGCGAAGCCUCGGAGAGCGAGUGGACCCCCCGGCACUCCUCGGGCCACAGCCAUGGUGGCAGAGGGUCCACCCCUACCCAGUCUCCCACAUCCGCUAACCCGUCCGCCCUCUCCCCCAGGACCCAGCAGGUUGGUGCUGUGGAGCAGCUGGUCAGUGCAGUGCAUAAGAUGAACCUGGGCCCUGGUUCAGGGGACUCACCCUCCACACACUGUCCUGAGGACCAGGGGGAGCCCCAGCCUCAACAUCCUCAACAGUCUCCUCCUCACCCCCACCACCAGGGGGCAUUCCAGGCCCUGUCCCACAGCUACACGCCCUGCUCCAAGGAAUGCUCCGUUCAGUCCUGCCUUCACCAGUUCACCUCGGUGGAGCUGCUGAUGGGCAACAACAAGCUGUUGUGCGAGAGCUGCACGGACCGCCGGCAGAAACAACUGCGGAAGAGCACCCCAGCAGAGAAGAAGUCUGACAGGGUGUACACCAGCGCUCGCAAACAGAUACUGAUCUCUUCGCUGCCCCCGGUGGUCACUCUGCACCUCAAACGCUUCCAUCAGGCAGGGAUGAACCUACGAAAAGUCAACCGUCACGUCAACUUCCCUCUCAUCCUGGACCUGGCUCCGUUCUGCUCGGCAUCCUGCAGGAACCUGGUGGGGGGGGAGCGUGUGCUCUACAACCUGUAUGGCAUCGUCGAACACAGCGGGUCGAUGCGCGGGGGCCACUACACCGCGUACGUAAAGGUCCGCUCACCCCAGAGGAGAACCGAGCAGCCACAGCGCAGAAACCUGGCAGGUCCAAGGGAAGCAAGCAGUGCCACACAGGGUCAGUGGGUGUAUGUGAGCGACACCAAUGUCCAGACGGUACCAGAAUCCAGGGUCCUCAACUCUCAAGCCUACCUGCUGUUCUACGAGGAGCUGCUGUGACAGCCAGAGCACAGAGCUGCCCAACAAUCAUUGGUCUCUCAGGAGAGAGAGGAAGAGGAAAAAAGAGAGAGAGACCUGCUUUGGGCAUACCUCUCUCUAAACUUUGACUCCCAAGAGCCUGAAACAUGGCAUGCACUGCAUGAUGGGAUUUGUAGGCCAUCAGGGACAUGCAUUACCUUGAUGUAUGCUGGACUGCUCAGCAUGGAAGGGUUACCAUACUGUUCGUGUCUCGGUCCACUUACUGAAAGUCCCCAUACAGUUGCUUAUACGUCUGUGAAAGGGAGCGAGAAAGGGAGAGAGUGGCAGAAUAGUAUAUUUAAUUAGCACAAAUUAUACAGAAGAAAAAUGCUAUGUUAUUUAUAUUUUACAGCCUGCUGUGGUGAAUACAAAUUGUAUUUUUUUGUAGAACAUGUGAAUGUGUGACUAUCAUUAAAUCGUGAUUGCCAAAGA